CUGAUGGUAGAGUCUAUCCCAGGUAGUGUGUACAAGGCAGGAGACGUAGUGAUCGGGGGCCUGUUCCCUGUUCAUCUGAAGGCACCACAGCCUGAGUUGGAUUUUCGGCACGAGAAGGUUAAUGCUCCCUGUGAAAUUUUUAACCAGCGUGCUUAUCGCUGGCUUCAGGUCAUGGUCUUUGCAGUGGAGGAAAUUAACAAUAACUCAAAUCUCCUGCCGAACUUCACCCUCGGCUAUCUGGCAGCUGAUACCUGCCUGGCAGAGAGCACCACUCUGUUAUCAGCCAUGGCUAUGGUAACUGGACAGGAAGUUCAUCUGGGGAACUCGGGAUGUGGAUCUGUGCCUGCAGUGCCAGUUAUUGUUGGUGAUACAUUCACUUCAUCCUCCAUUGUUGUGGCAAACACCCUUGGGGUGUUUGAUCUACCCAUGGUGAGCUAUGCAGCCUCCUGUGUGUGCUUGAGUGAUAAGAGGAGGUAUCCGCUGUUCUUCCGCACAAUGCCCAGCGAUGCUGCACAAGCGUGGGCCAUGGCUGAGCUGCUGCGCGUGAUGGGGUGGACCUGGGUGGGGCUUGUGUCUGCGGAUGAUGAUUUUGGCAGAUCUGGGAUUCAGAUGUUACUGGAUGCCCUCAGGGGAACGGAAGUGUGCGUUGCCUACCAUGAAGUGAUUCCAAGGGGAUAUUCAAAGAUGACAAUGCAAAGGAUUGUUGAAACCAUCCAGAAAUCCACUGCCAGAGUUGUGGCAACAUUUCUUAUUGAUCAAGAUGCAAAGGCUUUGUUUGAAGAAGUGGUCUACAACAAUGUAACAGAUAAGCAGUGGAUUGCUAAUGAUGCUUGGGUUACAUAUGGGCCUAUCUCAUCUCCUCAUAAUAUUCCCACAUUGGCUGGGACAAUAGGAUUUGCUGUACGGAGGAUUGAUAUCCCUGGACUGGGAGCCUUUCUGGCACGCAUUAAUCCCAGCCUGACUUCUGACCCUUUCACAAAGGAACUCUGGGAAACAGUGUUUGGAUGCUCUUUUAGCCCUGGCCUGGGAAGGACAUUGUGCACAGGCUCAGAGAUCAUAGGCAUUGGGGAGUCUUUGUACACAGAUGUGGCUCAGCUAAGAAUCACUUAUAAUGUCUAUAAGGCUGUGUAUGCUAUCGCUUAUGCAAUAAACAAUAUGCUGGCCUGUGAAUCUGGAAAAGGUCCCUUCCUAGAAGGCCAGUGUCCCGAUGUCUGGAGGCUGCAGCCUGUACAAAUAGCCCAUUACCUGCGAGAAGUGAACUUUACAACACCUUUGAAGGAAUGGAUGAACUUUGACGAGAGCGGAGACCCGCCUGCUUCAUACGAUAUCAUCAACUGGCAUGUGACAGCUCAAGGGACAAUAGAGUAUGUCACCGUUGGUCAUUUUGUGUCCUCUCAGGGGUCAGAUCUUCACAUUGACAUGGACAGAGUGGUGUGGGGAGGAGGCAGCAGACAUCAGGUGCCUGUGACUAUGUGCAGCAGUCCUUGUCCUGCUGGUAUGAGGAAAGCUUUGCAGAAAGGGAGACCUGUAUGCUGUUUUGACUGUCUGCCUUGUGCUGGGGGUGAAAUUAGCAGCAAAGCAGGGUCACUGGAGUGCAUUCGCUGUCCAGAGCGUUUCUGGUCCAACUCAAACCACACAGCCUGCAUUCCCCAGCAGGUGGAUUUCCUUUCUUACAAUGACACCAUGGGAGUCGUCCUCUCCAUCGUGUCAGGUGCUGGGGCAGCACUGACAGCUGCCACAUUUGCCACCUUCCUUUACCACCGACAAACACCACUGGUGCGAGCCAACAACUCCGAGGUGAGCUUCAUGCUCUUGCUGUCCCUCAAGUUGUGCUUCUUAUGUGCGCUUGCUUUCAUUGGACAGCCUGUGACUUGGUCAUGUAUGUUGAGACAUACACUGCUCGGAAUCAGCUUUGUGUCGUGUAUCUCCUGCCUGCUGAGCCGCACUGUGGUGGUCCUGGUGGCUUUUCGUUCCACACUGCCGGGGAAAAACCGAAUGCGCUAUGUUGGUCCUGCUCAGCAGAGGUUGGGCAUCUCCAUCUGCACCCUUGUACAGGUGCUGAUUUGUGUGCUGUGGCUGACCCUGUCUCCUCCUCAGCCUGCAGAAAGAGACAUCAUGGACAUCUGGGGACCCAAGAUCAUUCUUGAAUGCGCUACGGGAUCUGUGGUGGGCUUCUCACUUGCUCUGGGUUACAUUGGCCUGCUGGCCUUUGUUUGCCUAAUCCUUGCUUUCCUAGCAAGGAAACUCCCUGACAACUUCAAUGAGGCCAAACUGAUCACCUUCAGCAUGCUGAUCUUCUGUGCUGUCUGGGUGGCCUUUGUACCUGCCUACAUUACCUCUCCUGGGAAGUACACUGUUGCAGUGGAGAUUUUUGCCAUCCUGGCCUCAAGUUAUGGCCUUCUGUUCUGCAUCUUUGCCCCAAAAUGUUUUAUUAUCCUUCUGAGGCCUGAGAAAAACACCAAAAAAUGCAUGAUGGCCAGAUAG